AUGACCUCCAAACUCGAGCCGACCGAGCCGAAGCGCGCAUCGCAAAAGAAGACACGUGAUGUCAGCGGCGAGCACCACGCCUCCAUCGUCAACAAGUGGAUAUUCCUGCAGGGACUAAACCGCAUGGCGCAAGAGACCGAAAAUCUGUGCUAG